AUGCAGACGCGGCUCUCGAGUUCGUUCGCCGCGGUCCGGCCAGCGGGGCAUGACGCGGCCGCGAGCGCGCGUCUCGCGCGGUGGCCUAGCACAGGCAGGCAGGCCCUACGGCCCGCCGCACGCGCGGCCGCGGUCGUGAGGCCGGAGCUCGACGCAGCGAGGCGCUCAAUCCGCGUUUUCGCAAGCGAUUCGCGGGACGUUUCGGCGCAGAGCGCCAGCGCGGACCCCAAGCCGAGCACCCGGCCUGACCUCCCCAAGAACUUCGAACCAUCCCGGGAACAGGACCUCUACAGGUGGUGGGAGGAGAGCGGGAUGUUCCGGCCGGAGCAGGCCCCGGCGGCCCCCGACGCGGCGCCGUUCGUGGUGUCUAUGCCUCCGCCCAACGUCACCGGGAAGCUCCACAUGGGCCACGCGAUGUUCGUCACGCUCGAGGACGUCCUCGUCCGGUUUAACCGCAUGCGCGGCAAGCGCGCGCUCUGGGUCCCCGGCACGGACCACGCCGGUAUUGCCACGCAGAUGGUGGUGGAAAAGCUUCUGGCGCAGGAGGGCACGAGCCGGCGCGAGGUCGGGCGCGCCGCGUUCACGGAGCGCGUCUGGGACUGGCGCGGCGAGUACGGCGGCUUCAUCACGCAGCAGCUGCGCCGCCUGGGGGCGUCGUGCGACUGGUCGCGCGAGCGCUUCACGCUGGACGACGGCCUGAGCGCCGCCGUGGCGGAGGCGUUCGUGCGGCUGCACGACAAGGGCCUCGUGUACCGGGGCUCGUACAUGGUGAACUGGUCGCCGUCGCUCCAAACCGCUGUGUCUGACAUAGAGGUGGAGUUCUCCGAGGAGGCCGGGAAGUUAUACUUCUUCAAGUACCCCGUCGAGGGCGGCGAGGACGGGGAGGAGGAGUUCCUGCCCGUGGCGACGACGCGCCCGGAGACGAUCCUCGGCGACACGGCCGUGGCGGUGAACCCGAACGACGAGCGGUAUAAGCACUUGGUCGGGCGGAGGUGCGUGGUGCCGAUGACGGACCGGACGGUGCCGAUCAUCGCGGACGAGUACGUCGACAUGGAGUUCGGGACGGGCGCGCUGAAGAUCACGCCGGGGCACGACCCGAACGACUACGAGAUCGGGCAGCGGUUCGAUCUUGAAAUCAUAUCCAUCAUGAACAAGGACGCCUCGAUGAACGAGAACGCGGGGAGCUACGCCGGCCUCGACCGCUUCGAGUGCCGCAAGGCCCUCUGGGCCGACAUGGAGUCGACCGGCCUCGCCAUCCGCGUCGAGGACUACGAGAUGCGCGUCCCGCGCUCCCAGCGCGGCGGCGAGGUCAUCGAGCCGAUGGUUUCGGAGCAGUGGUUCGUCAAGAUGGAGCCGCUCGCGAAGCCGGCGCUCGCGGCGGUGCGGAGCGGCGACAUCCGGAUCGUGCCGGACCGGUUCGAGAAGACCUACACUGGCUGGUUGGACGGAAUCAAGGACUGGUGUGUCUCGCGGCAACUCUGGUGGGGCCACCGGAUCCCGGUGUGGUACGUGCACGCGGACGAGGACGCCGCGGCGGCGGCGCGCGCGGGCCCCGCGGAGGGCCGGUCCGGGGAGUACGUGGUCGCGCGGGACGAGGAGGAGGCGUACGACAAGGCGCGGGCGGCGCACGGCGACGGCGUGGCGCUGGUGCAGGAGCCCGACGUGCUGGACACGUGGUUCUCGUCGGCGCUGUGGCCAUUCUCGACGCUCGGGUGGCCCGCGAAGACCGAGGACCUCGAGCGGUACUACCCGACGCAGGUGAUGGAGACGGGGCACGACAUAUUGUUUUUCUGGGUCGCGCGGAUGAUCAUGAUGGGCAUCGAGCUGACGGGGCAGUCGCCGUUCCACACGGUGUUCCUGCACGGCCUGGUGCGCGACGAGAAGGGCCGCAAGAUGUCCAAGUCGCUCGGAAACGUCGUGGAUCCCGUGGACACCAUCGAGACGUACGGGACGGACUCGCUGCGGUUCACGCUCGCGACGGGGACGACGCCCGGGCAGGACAUCAACCUCUCGAUGGACCGCGUCACCGCGAACCGCAACUUCACCAACAAGAUCUGGAACGCGGGCAAGUUCAUCUUGUUCAACCUGAGUCAGGAAGACAAGGUCUCGGACGCGGACUACGAGGCCCUGCGCGGCGCGACGGUCACCGACCCGGCCGAGAUCGCCGCGCUCCCGCUCACCGAGCGCUGGAUCGUCUCGGCCACGCACCGCUGCGUCGACCGCGUCACCGCGCUCCUGGAGAAGCUCGACAUGGGCGAGGCCGGGCGGCAGCUCUACGACUUCUUCUGGGGCGAGUUCGCGGACUGGUACAUCGAGGGCAGCAAGACGCGGCUGUACUCGGACGACCACGCCACCGCGCAGGAGACGCGCAAGGUCCUAGUGUACGUUUACGACACGCUGCUCCGCCUCCUGCACCCGAUGAUGCCGUUCUGCACCGAGGACCUGUGGCAGGCGAUCCCGCACCGCGGCGAGGCGCUGAUCGCCGCGGAGUGGCCGGAGCCCGGCCGGUACGUCGACGAGGGCGCGAUUGCGAGUUUCGAGGCUCUGCAGGCCACGGUCCGCGCGAUCCGCAACUGCCGCGCCGAGUACGGCGUGGAGAUCUCGAAGAAGAUCGCCGCGACGCUGGUCGUGGAGGACGAGGCGCUGCGCGCGGAGAUGGCCUCGGAGGUGCGGGCGAUCGCCGCGCUGGCGAAGCUGGAGGAGGCGUCUGUGGAGGUGGUGGGCGCCGCGGGGGAGGCGGCGGUGGGGAACGGGGGGGAGUCGGUGACGCUGGUGGUGCGGGACGGCGUGGAGGUGCUGGUGCCGCUGGCGGGGCUGUUUGACGCGAAGAAGGAGAUGGCGCGGCUUGAGAAACAAAAGAGCAAGAUUGAAAAGGAGCUGGGGUCUCUCAAGGGGCGGCUGGGGAACAAGGGGUUCGUGGAGAAGGCGCCGGAGAGCGUGGUGAACGAGGUGAAGGCGCAGGCGGCGGAGCUCGAGGAGCAGCUCGCGGCCGUGCAGGAGAAGAUGGACAAGGUGGCAGCCAUGGCAGGGUGA